UACUCACGUUUUGUGAUGUCACUCGCGACCAUUUGCAACUAGGAACUGGCAGCUGCGCGGAGACGCUAGAGAGCGGAGGAGAAGCUUGUCCUUCUGAGGAGUGAGAGGGUGGAAGAUGGGACACGUAACAGUGCCAUGUUCUUUACCUUGGCGAGACCAAAAGGAUAACACUACUACUCUGAAAUAAAAAGAAUUUUUUUUUUUAAGUUGGCUUCCUUGGAUUUUUUUUUUCAAUAUAUAUAUAUGUAUAAUCAAUAGCUAUGGCAUUUCAGAGAGCAGAGGGGAUGUCAAUCAUUCAGGCCCUUGCCAUGACGGUAGCAGAGAUACCAGUGUUUUUGUACACGACCUUUGGACAGUCCACAUUCUCGCAACUCAGACUGUCUCCUGGUCUUCGAAAGGUCCUUUUUGCCACGGCUCUUGGCACAGUUGCCCUAGCCCUGGCUGCACACCAGCUAAAACGGCGCAAGCACAAGAAGAAGCAGAUUACAGCAGACAAAGGAGGCCUAAAGCUCGGCGGGGUGCCUAGCUCUGUUUUGCCUGUUAGGCGUUCUUCCUCAGCUAAAAAAGGAUACUCCCGUAGCAGAGUGCAGAGCCCCAGCAGUAAGAGCAAUGAUACGCUAAGUGGCAUCUCUUCCCUGGAACCCAGCAAGCAUUCCAGCUCCUCCCACAGCUUGACUUCGGUAGUGGCAGUAAAUUCUUCAAGUGUAAAUGUUGCCUCCGCAGGACCUUGGGAGUCCCCAGAAAUGGAUGAAACGUUAGAAGAGGAAGAUUCUAAUGCUGAAAACCUUUAUAUUCAAGGCAUGGAGCUCUUCGAGGAGGCUUUGCAUAAGUGGGAGCAAGCACUGAACCUUGGGCAGAGAAGCAGAUCCAAUACACCAUUGUCGCAAGUUAAUGAGCCACUGAACAAGAGUUACAGCGAGGGCCUAAGUGAGGACUCGCAGAGCAGGCAGUUUGCAGGAAGGCUGGAAGCUCUCCUUCAUCGUGCCUACAAUUUGCAGGAAGAAUUUGGGACCAGUAUUCCACCUGAUAGUUUGCUGAUGGAUCUGGAAGGAUCUCUGAUGUUCCCCCUUGCAGAGAGUAGAAGGGCCCUGCUGACAUACGAGGAAGGCAGUACAACCUCUGAAGACUCCUUUUUCUCGGCAGCAGAGCUCUUUGACACUUUGCAGUUAAACGAGGUUCCCUUUCGGCCACCCAAGCCAGCAGCAGCUUAUGAGGAAGCACUAAUGCUAGUACACACUGGAGAAGUAGCCUGUAGGACCCUCAGAACAGAGUUAUUGGGUUGCUAUAAUGAUCAAGAUUUCCUGGCAAAACUGCACUGUGUUCGGCAGGCAUUCGAGGUAUUGCUUCUUGAUGAAAGGAACCGGCUGUUUUUUGGUGAAGUUGGCAAACAGAUGGUGUCUGGGCUGAUGCAGAAAGCGGAGAAGAAUCCUAAAGGCUUUCUCGAAAACUAUGAGGAAAUGCUGCGAUAUGCGCUGAAGGAGGACACAUGGACUACAACGCAAAAGGAAUUAAAAGGACGUGGGGUAGUCUGCAUGAAUUUCUUUGACAUUGCACUGGAUUUCAUUCUGAUGGAUGCCUUUGAGGACCUUGAAAGCCCACCCUCGUCUGUUAUUGCCGUUCUGCGCAAUCGGUGGCUUUCAGACAGCUUCAAAGAGACUGCACUGGCUACUGCUUGCUGGUCCGUCUUAAAAGCAAAAAGGAGGCUUUUAAUGGUUCCUGAUGGAUUCAUAUCACAUUUUUACUCCGUAUCGGAACAUGUCAGCCCUGUUUUGGCAUUUGGAUUCCUUGGGCCCAAAGAGCAUUUGGCAGAAAUUUGUAAUUUCUUUAAGCACCAGAUUGUGCAGUACUUGACGGACAUGUUUGACCUGGAUAAAGUGAGCUACACCACAAUCCAGUCGCUGGCAGAUGAUAUCCUUCACCUUUCUCGCAGGAGGAGCGACAUACUGUUGGGGUAUUUAGGAGUAGAGACUGUACAGGAAAUGAAUGGGGCUGUACCUGUUGAAACCGGACAGGCAGAACUGGACCUGUAACAAUAGAAUUCUAUUUUCCCCCCCCCUGAUAACACCACGUGACCAGUCACAUCAUUUAUCCCGUUUCUAGGCCAAGAGACUGCCUGCACUUCUAGGUCUGUUUUAGUGCAGAUCUACCCCUUGUCCUUGGCGGCAGCACAAUUGACAUAAUUACACUGUAACUACUAAUAUAGAAUGUGGUACACCUUCAGCGGAUGUUGAACUACAACAACCCAUGUCCUACUAUGGUGCUUUCUAUCCUUGCAACAAACUCUGGGACCCUCAACGGUUGCCACUGGUCAUUCCAUUCCACUGGAAGAAUCUUUCCUCAGUUGAAUUUUUAUCAAUUGUUUAAAAAAAAAAAAAUUAAUAGUGUCGCUGAAGGAGGAAAAACAAACAGCACUGCAUUUUUAAGUGUUUUAAAUUCAGAUUUAUUUUUUUUUUUUUGCAGCCUCUUGACUGCCACAAAAAUGUAAUUUAACACUCUCCUGUCUAGCAAUGCACCUAUAAUGUGAAACAAUACUGUGUCAUGGGUGGACUUAAGUUAGGAAUUGCACUAAGUACAGCAGACGUCCGUUUCAUGUUAUUAAGGUAGAUUUAAAGCUGGAUGCACAGGAGCAGACAUAGGCUUCCGACUUGGCUUUUGAGCCUGCGGCCUUUUCGCCUUUCUAUCGGUCCAGAUUAUUAUCUGAUGGUGGAUUAUUCAGAUACUGGGUAGGCAAGGCUGUAAAAUACUUUAAGCCAUGGACUCAUUAGGCUUUAAAAGCAAGCUUUGCACAGACACCCCUUAGUGGUGUAACUUGUAUGCAGCAGACCCUGCAACCCCAGGGGUGCCUUAAGGAAUGGGGAGGCCUGGACCUGUGUUUACCCAUCAUGCAUCUUUCCUAUGGGACUGCAUCCUUCUUCCAUGCCCACUGUGCUGCACAUGAUGCAAGCAUGCUAAUGCACUGGUGGCCAAGGGGGUGAGCAAUAAGGAGGAUAAGAAAAGGGGGGGGGGGGGCCUGGCUGCAUCAACUUAGGGUGGCCAUGCUUGGACAGAUAUAAGCUGCUGAGUCCUUUAAAUCGAUUUGGCAGACAAUAACCUUCACCUUCUCGCAGGAGGAGAGACAUACUGCUGGGGUAUUUAGGAGUAGAGACUGUAGCGCCUUAUGAGAGCCAACCAACGACACACAUAGCCAAAUCAUAGUUGCACUAGGUCAUUGACCCGGGCAGAGAAAGCAAAUUAACCCUUUCAUAGCUGGUUUUACUCAGGAAGUACUAAUCAAUUAAUGUCAAAUAUUAGGGAGAAAAAGAUAAGCUAAGGUGGAUGUGUAACUGUACGUUGGAAGUUUGUGUAUGUAAAAAAAACAACAACAAAAAUAUUCUAUACAUCUGUGUAACAAUCCGUGUACAACCUGCUACGAUGAACUACAUCUCCCAGAUCUCUGCUUGGGGAAUGCUGGAAGAUGGAGUUCACAAUUUAGAUUUUGGCAUCCCUGGCAUAAGCCAAUCAAAUACUGUGAUGCUUUUAUAUGUGUUUAUAGCAGUCUAUAAUUGUUAAAAGGCUAAUUUUUUAAAUAUUUUUUUUCAUGGAUAAUGCACUGAAUUUUUUAGAACCUUUUAGGGUUCAAUAUUUAAAGCAGUUGUUUAACUUUAAAUGUAGACAUUGAUAUUCUGAGACAAUUUGCAAUUGGUCUUCAUUUUUUAUUUUUUUCUGGUUUGGAGUUAUUUAGCGUUCUGUGCAGCAGCUCUCCAGUUUGGAAUUUCAGCAACUAUGUAUGUAUGUAUAUUUUUAUUUAUAAAACGCUACUUAUGUACACAGCGCUGUACAGUAGAAUACAUUAAUACAAACAGGGGGUUAAUAAGAUAAUAGAUAAAUACAAAGUAUAACAAUAAAUACAAAUAAAUACAAGAUACAGUUGCAAUAAAUUAAGAGUCAAAGACACAAGAGGAUGGAGGUCCCUGCCACGUAGAGCUUACAAACUAUCAGUGGUUUAAAUGCAAGACUGGAAUAUGAAUAGAAGAUAGACUUAAUAGGAAGAUAAGUAAGAAAAUUAAGAAUAAAAAUAAAAUUGUAGUGUCACAGAGCAAAAGCUUUUUGGCUACUGGGGUCAGUGAUCAGCUUCUAUAAGCUUGAAAGAAUCAUUAGGAGAAGGCAAAUAAUUAAAACUAUGAAAAAUAAAUAAUGAAAACCAAAUGCAAAGUUGUUAUAAAUAGGACAUUCUAUAACAUACAAAAAUUAACUUAAAGGUGAACCACCCCUUUAAUGGCCCUGGGAAAGAAUACUGAAGGGCUUUCCAGCAAUGUGUAGGGAACAUUACUGUUGUCACCAAGCAGGAGUAACAUCAUGUCGUACUAGUUUACUGUUGGAUCAUAGAGUUGUGUAUUAGCAGAAUGUUCCAGCCCUUCCUACGAAACUUAUAUUUAAAACAAACUUGCAGCACUUCGAAAGAAAUUCUUAAUUAAACAGAGAAUGUGACAAAUUCAGAGGUGUAAAAGAUGGUGUUUCCAUGCCUUUGUUUGUUUACCUUACAGUAUUAAUUGUGAUUGCUUAAAGUGAUACCGACCCAUUGCUGUUCCUGCUGAAUUGUGCUUAGUACAGGGGAAUCCCUAUGCUGCCAUAGUUUUAUGGUAACUCUCUGUACAGAAUAUGAGCAAAUUUAGGGGGCUGUUCCUGCUGAAUUUUGCUUGGAGCAGGGGAAUCCCUAUGCUGGUACCUAUACAUCAGGAACAUUUUAUAGAGGCUGGGGGAAAGUAGUUGUACAUUCAUACACAAUACCAUAACAAUUUAAGUUGCAGUAACCCUUUCUCAUACUGACAAAGUGAAAAUACUAUAUGCCUUUAGCCAGAGAAUUGAGUCUUUUGACAUUGCUUAUAGAGGAUUUACUUUUCAGUAGGUCAGUGACCCUUCCCUUAGGACACACUACUAGGUAUCAGUACAGUCUCCAUUUGGCUGUAUUGGGUUAUGUUAAUAAAUACCAGGACCAUUUUUCCUUCUCUCUAUUCAUUCGCCUCUCUUGUUGCAGGGUACAGCACCGCCAUAUUUACUAUGCACCCAGGUGACUUGUGGAUUAAGCUUGGUGACUGCACAGUACUGUACCCAGCUCACACCGCCACAAGGGACACCUGGGGGAACAGGAAACUAUGGCGUUGCCAUGGUUAUGCUCUCCAUAAUUUGCACUCAGUUAUAUUAACCCCUGCAUUGUAAAUUCAACCAGCAUUUAUUUAUUUCUCCUAUAAGAUAAUAAACAUUUGAGCUCCCAUUUGAAUCAGAA